AUGGCCUUCCAGAUCACCGACUCUGACUUGACCGCACUCGAAGAGUCGCUCUUGAACAAGAACGGCGAUGUCCUCCUGCACAACCGAUUUCGCGCGCUGUUUACUCUCAAAUCGCUCAAGUCAGACGAUGCUGUUCGGGUGAUCUCAGCUGGAUUUGACGACCCUUCUGCGCUGCUCAAGCAUGAGCUAGCUUACUGUCUUGGACAGAUGAAGCGACCCUCUGCCUUACCGACGCUCGAGCGGGUGCUUCGAGACACAUCUGAGGACCCGAUGGUGCGACAUGAGGCUGCAGAAGCAAUGGGGGCCAUCUCAGCGUCGACUUCGCUUCCGAUCUUGAAAGAAUUUCUUGACGAUGAAAAUCGCUCUGUGCGAGAGACCUGCGAGAUCGCAAUUGCCAAAAUCGAAUGGGAUGGCUCUGCAGAGGGCAAACAACAUUCAGAAACAAUAUCAGACGAGGAACAUAUCCCUCUCUACACCUCCAUUGACCCUGCUCCACCAUCUUCGGGGCUCUUGGUGGGAGCGCCAAAGCCUGAGGCUGUCUCUGACGAAAACAUCGCCGUUCUAAAACAAAAAUUACUAGACACUCAACUUCCCCUCUUUGAGCGAUAUCGGGCAAUGUUUGGUCUGCGAAACAUCGGAACGCCUACUGCUGUCGAGGCGCUUGCAUCUGGUUUCUCUGAUGAUAGCGCCCUUUUCAAACACGAGAUCGCAUUCGUAUUCGGGCAGCUUCUCUCCACACACUCCGUCCCCGCGCUUCUCCGCGUCCUCCAGAAUUCGGGGGAAUCGGACAUGGUGCGUCACGAGGCAGCAGAGGCCCUCGGUGGUAUUGGGACUCCAGAGGUUCUGCCAUAUCUGAAGGAAUGGAUGGCGCGGGACGAUGCACCGCUGGUAGUGCGGCAAAGCUGUCAAGUCGCGAUUGAUAUGUGGGAGCAUGAAAACUCCGGGGAGUUCCAGUAUGCGAACGGCUUGGUCGGGAGUGUCGGCGCUUGA